AUGAUUGCCAAAAUGUUUGUGUUCUUCCUGCUUCUCAUUUGCUUCCCUGUUUCACACAGUACUGAAAAGGAGUUUGACUACUAUAAGCUUGUCCUUCAGUGGCCAAUUUCUGUCUGCAAUGUGAGGCGGAGCUGUUUACAGCCACCUUUUUCGGAGUUCACUGUGCAUGGCCUAUGGCCAUUUUUGGCUCCUGAUUCUAUGGUAACAGAGUGUUCUAAAGAUGUACUGACAAAGAGCAAGGUGAAGGAUACUAUAAAGGCUCUGCGGAAGUACUGGCCAAGCUUUGUCGAUCGAGACGAUUUUGACUUCUGGUCUUAUCAGUGGCUAAAACAUGGCACAUGCUCUGGUUUAGAUCCACUACCAUACUUCAAGUUGGCCAUUAGUACCACUAUUGAAGCCAGACAGCUUCUUGAAUCACUGAAUAGAAAAGCCUCAGCUUAUACACCCAGAUUCAAGCCCUACCAAAUGAACGACCUCUACGACAAUUUUAAAGCAGCGCUAGCGAAAAAGCCGGAAGAUAAAAAAGUUAUACAAUUCAAGUGCAAUAAAAAAGACGGUAAGUUUCAGCUGUUGGAAAUUUACAUCUGUGUUGACAAAAAAGGAGUUGCUUUGGAUUGUCCAACACCCAAAUUCAUUGAAUGUGGCGACAAUGAAAUGGCAGAAAUUCGAUACCCUGACAAGUGA